AUGUCACAUUAUGGUGGUAAACCUUCAGUUAAACUGGUCAAGUCUAACUGCCCACAGGUGGUCAAACCUUCAGUUAAACUGGUCAAGUCUAACUGCCCACAGGUGGUCAAACCUUCAGUUAAACUGGUCAAGUCUAACUGCCCACAGGUGGUCAAACCUUCAGUUAAACUGGUCAAGUCUAACUGCCCACAGGUGGUCAAACCUUCAGUUAAACUGGUCAAGUCUAACUGCCCACAGGUGGUCAAACCUUCAGUUAAACUGGUCAAGUCUAACUGCCCACAGGUGGUCAAACCUUCAGUUAAACUGGUCAAGUCUAACUGCCCACAGGUGGUCAAACCUUCAGUUAAACUGGUCAAGUCUAACUGCCCACAGGUGGUCAAACCUUCAGUUAAACUGGUCAAGUCUAACUGCCCACAGGUGGUCAAACCUUCAGUUAAACUGGUCAAGUCUAACUGCCCACAGGUGGUCAAACCUUCAGUUAAACUGGUCAAGUCUAACUGCCCACAGGUGGUCAAACCUUCAGUUAAACUGGUCAAGUCUAACUGCCCACAGGUGGUCAAACCUUCAGUUAAACUGGUCAAGUCUAACUGCCCACAGGUGGUCAAACCUUCAGUUAAACUGGUCAAGUCUAACUGCCCACAGGUGGUCAAACCUUCAGUUAAACUGGUCAAGUCUAACUGCCCACAGGUGGUCAAACCUUCAGUUAAACUGGUCAAGUCUAACUGCCCACAGGUGGUCAAACCUUCAGUUAAACUGGUCAAGUCUAACUGCCCACAGGUGGUCAAACCUUCAGUUAAACUGGUCAAGUCUAACUGCCCACAGGUGGUCAAACCUUCAGUUAAACUGGUCAAGUCUAACUGCCCACAGGUGGUCAAACCUUCAGUUAAACUGGUCAAGUCUAACUGCCCACAGGUGGUCAAACCUUCAGUUAAACUGGUCAAGUCUAACUGCCCACAGGUGGUCAACCCUUAA